GCUGGGGAGCAGCUGAAAAUACAAAUGAUGUUUCGCUUGCUUGCCCACCGCUCACUUCCUGCUAUGUAGCCCAGUUCCUGACAGGCCAUGGACUGGUACCGGUCCAUAGUCUGGGGGUCGGGGAUCCCUGAGAUAAGGGAUCCUGUAGUGGUUGUCCAGGCAGUGAAAGACUUAGGAGAUCAGGGAGUGGGUACUUCUGAAAUGCCUCACUGAAAAUCUCCACUAGCUUUUUAUAUGUCUUCAUUCUCUGUCCUUUAGGGCAUUUGGUUAUCAUUUAACAAACAUCUGUGUGCCUCGUAUAUAUCAGACACUGAAAGGCCCUAGGGAUAUAAAGUUGAACAAGAUAAAAUAGUUGCCUUCAAGUAGUUACCUAGAAGAAGAGAUUGGCAGUUAUAAGGCGAAAAGAAUUUCGUGAGAUGUGUGAACUGUGAGAAGAGUGCACUUAAAAAAAAUGUCCCGCUUGAAAGUGACCUUAUGCCUUUGGUUCAAAUUUCUUUCAGAGCUAUCACUCCAUCGGUGACACUUCUGCCUUAUUCUCUUAUUUGAGGUGUUGCCAAAGGUUCAGUUUUCAACCCUGUUGACUUUCCCUCAGGUCUCAUCCACUUGUGCUAAGAAGUUCAAGAAAUACUUAGUAGAGUGGGGAGGCACAGACAACGCCCUAAAUUGUCUUCUGUUGAUACUUGGAAACUCCCAAGUCCAAGUGAAAGGAAUUGUCACAGUGACUUGGGACGCCGUCAUAAGGUAACAGCUCACCGUCUUUGGAAGAUAUCAGGAAUAUGGUAGAAUUGAUGCAUUAUAUGAAAGUUGAAUCAAAUAACUUUAGUCUAAGAUCUUCAGCUGCCUACAGGCCAUUUUUAUUUGGAAAUGCCAUAAUUCUCUUGACAUAAAUAUAUAUGAUCUUUAACAUUCCCUCCAACUCCUCUAUCAGUCACAAAAGCCUGUCCAGUUUUACUUUGCAAACAUUGCCACUAUAUUAAUCCAGGCUUUUGUCACCUGGUACCUGGAUUGUUCUAUUAGUCUCCUAAUCUGAGUCCUUGCCUCCAGCUUCUCUCUAAGGGGAGCCAUAGAGCUAGUAUCAAAAUACAUUUUAUUGCAUCCCUACCCAUAAUUUUCAGUAACUCCCAAUUACCUCCGAGUUGAAUUGGUAUUCCACAAUCUGUAUCAAGGCCUAUCCAUAGCCUCUUUUCAUUCAUGGUUAUGAAAAGUGGCAAGGUGGCUAUAAGCCGGUUUUGGCCCUUCCUCUUGCUAGGAUAUCAGCUAUCUUGCAGCUCCAAGAUAUAACACCAGUCUCAUGUACCCAAAACUUUCCAGGAAGCCCCUGGUACCUCACCAUCCGCACACCUAUAGCCCUUAAUUAGUUCAACCAAUAGUUUUGGGCACCACUUGCUGGGCUGCAGUGUGACACUCACCGCUAUUAAUGGCCUCGAUUGCUUUUUACCUUUUCAAUUAGGGUUCUAUUGAGAGCUCCUGGAGCUGGGGCUGGGUUUUCUCCGCUUCAAUAAGUAGAUAAUGAAUUAGUAUUUCCCUUUUCAGAGGCUGCCCCCGGAGCCUAGCUCAAAUUGAAUAAACCAGAAUUUACUGGUGGCAGGAUCUGACCGGCUGUGGCAGAACUGCGCAAUCACUGGACAGGUGAGGGAGACCCAUUAAAUAUAAUCCUAUUAUAUCCUCUCCGUGGGUGGGCUGGGUCCUCCGCCCUGCGCUUCGGGGCACGCGUGGCCGCGAUGCCCUGCGGGUCAGGACUACUUUUGGCCCUGCACAGCCGCCGUCCGCAGCACCCAGCUAUGCUCAGAAGCCCUUUGUGAAGAGUGGCCCUAGCUCGCUGCGCCUGACCCCUGGCCUGGCCUGGGCUCUCCCGGCAGUGAGUUGAGGGCCAUGUCAGUUUUCUGCCACCUACAGGGCAGACCAUGAAGCUGAAGGAACUUGAGAGGCCAGCAGUUCAAGUGUGGAGCCCAGCUAGUCAGCACCCUGUGUAUCUGGCUACAGGAACAUCUGCCCAGCAGCUAGAUGCCUCCUUUAGCACAAAUGGCGCAUUGGAAAUCUUUGAGGUUGAUUUCAGGGACCCCUCUUUGAACUUGAAACACAAAGGAGUCCUUUCUGCCUCAAGCAGGUUUCACAAGCUGAUCUGGGGGAACUUUGGCAGUGGGCUUCUGGAAGGCUCCGGGGUUAUUGCAGGCGGCGGGGACAAUGGCAUGCUUACUUUAUACAAUGUGACCCACAUCCUGUCUUCGGGAAAGGAUCCUGUGAUUGCCCAGAGGCAGAAGCACACAGGGGCUGUCAGAGCCCUCGACUUUAAUCCUUUCCAGGGCAACCUCCUGGCCUCAGGAGCCAAUGAUUCUGAAAUCUUCAUUUGGGAUUUGAAUAACCUGAGUGUACCAAUGACCCUAGGAUACAAGUCACAGCAGCCUCCAGAAGACAUCAAGGCACUCUCUUGGAACCGGCAAGUUCAACACAUUCUGUCUUCUGCUCAUCCCAGUGGUAAGGCAGUUGUGUGGGAUCUCAGGAAGAAUGAACCCAUCAUCAAAGUCAGUGAUCACAGCAACAGGAUGCAAUGCUCAGGACUGGCCUGGCACCCUGACAUAGCCACUCAGUUGGUGCUAUGCUCAGAAGAUGAUCGUCUCCCAGUGAUUCAGCUGUGGGACUUGCGCUUUGCCUCCUCGCCCCUGAAGGUGCUAGAGAGUCACAGCAGGGGGAUCUUGUCGGUGUCGUGGAGCCAGGCUGAUGCUGAGCUGCUGCUCAGUAGUGCCAAAGACAACCAGGUCUUGUGUUGGGACCUGGCGAGCAGUGAGGUGGUAUAUAAGCUACCCACACAGAGCAGCUGGUGCUUUGAUGUGCAGUGGUGUCCUCGGGACCCUCCAGUGUUCUCUGCUGCCUCCUUUGAUGGCUGGAUCAGUUUGUACUCUGUGAUGGGUAGGAGCUGCGAAGUUCAGCAGAUGAGACAAGUUGACAAGAUCUCUUCUUCCUUCAGCCAAGGCCAGCCUCUCCCACCAUUGCAGGUGCCAGAACAAGCAGCCCAAGCAUCAUUGAUACCUCCCCUGAAAAAAACCCCCAAAUGGAUGAGAAGGCCAGCAGGUGUUUCAUUUGCUUUUGGAGGGAAGCUGGUUACUUUUGUCCUUCCCAGUACCCCUGCCCAUCAGGAAACACAGCCUUGCCUCCGCCUAGUCUUCAUCAGUCAAGUCAUCACAGAAUCCAAAUUCCUGAUGCAGUCAGCUGAGCUGCAAGAGGCCCUGAGAUCAGGGAAUCUCCUGAAUUAUUGUCAGAACAAGAUCCAGUGUGCGUCACUGCAAAGUGAAAAGAUGCUCUGGCAGUUCCUGAAGGUGACCUUAGAACAAGACUCCAGGACGAAAUUCCUAAAGCUAUUAGGAUACAAUAAAGAUGAGCUUCAGAAGAAGGUGGCCACGUGGUUGAAGAGUGACUUGGAGCUAGGUGAGAGUCCUCAGCCCAAGGGAGAUGACCUCAACAGUAACAGACAACAGGCCUUCUGCAGCCAGGCUUCCAAAUAUAUCACAGAGGAAGCUUCUGCUUCCUCAACCUUCUUUGAUGAGCUGGUCCCUCAGGACAUGACUCCAUGGGAGAUCCCCAUCACAGAAGACAUGGAUGGACUCCUGAGCCAGGCUCUCCUGCUUGGCGAACUGGGCCCUGCUGUGGAGCUGUGUCUGAAGGAAGAGCGCUUUGCUGAUGCUAUCAUCCUGGCCCAUGCAGGGGGCGCAGACCUGCUGAAGCAAACACAAGAGUGCUACUUGGCCAAGAAGAAAACCAGAAUCUCCUCGCUGCUAGCCUGUGUUGUGCGGAAGAAUUGGAAGGAUAUGGUGUGUGCCUGUAGUCUGCAGAACUGGAGAGAGGCACUGGCCUUGCUCCUGACAUACUCAGGGCCAGAGAAAUUCCCUGAGCUCUGUGACAUGCUGGGUGCUCGCAUGGAGCAGGAGGGCGGCGGGGCACUCACCUCUGAAGCCAGACUCUGUUAUGUGUGCUCAAGGAGUGUGGAGCGGCUGGUGGAGUGCUGGGCAAAAUGCCACCAGGCUUCAUCUCCCAUGGCUCUCCAGGACUUGAUGGAGAAGGUGAUGGUCCUCAAUAGGAGCUUGGAGCUACUGCGGGGUCCUGAUGGCGUGAGCCCAGGCCCUGCCACAACCUACAGAGUCACUCAGUAUGCCAACCUCCUGGCAGCCCAGGGCAGCCUGGCCACUGCCAUGAGCUACCUACCCAGUGACUGUGCUCAGCCACCAGUUCAGCAGCUGAGAGAUAGGCUUUUUCAUGCCCAGGGCGCUGGUGUCUUGGGCCAACAGUCUCCUCCUUUCCCCUUUCCUCGAGUCCUUGUGGGAGCUACCCCCCACUCUAAAGAGACAUCAUCUUUCAGAUUGGGAUUCCAGCCUUCUCAGCAGAUUCCAACUCCAUCUCCAAGGUCAAGAAUUUUCACAUCUCAGUCAUCACUAGUGAUGCCCUUGACCAAACUUUCCCAUCCCAGCCCUUAUCAAGGUUCCAGAAUACAGAAUAUAAAUGACUACAGGGUACUUGAGCCCCAGAUAACCCAGCCUUUGCCUCUGGGCCCUGGGGAAAGGCCUGCUUUAUCUCAGCCACAGCUGUUAAGAGGGCAAAGGGUACAAGCCCCUAACCCUGUGGGAUUCCUUGGAACAUGGCCUCCUCCUGGUCACCCUCCUCUCAUGGCACCAUCAAACAUCAUGCAGCCUAGCUCUGCCUCCCUGCCUGAGUCUGCUCGACUGCUCCCUUUGCCUCCUGUGAGACCACCAGGUCUCGGCCCUAUGAGCUCCCAGCCCCUAGCCCCUCCUGUCAGCUUCCCUGCAGCACACCCUCCAGGAGGACCAGGUGCUCCAUGCUCUAGUGCCUUCUCCAUCACUGACAUCCUAACUCCUCAUCCAGGAACUCAAGAUUCCUUGAAAAGUGUUCCAGCUCCCAGGGCAAACCUCCAGAGGAGAAAGUUGCCAGCGACAUUUACGUCCCCAGCACCAAUUACCGCUCCAAUUAUGAGCCUCACUUCUGAGCCACGAGGGGUUCUUUCCUCACAGCCCCAUGUCCCUAGUGUGGGUCAUGCUCCCCCUGGAGCGCCAGGAGAACGCGGCCUGCAGCAACGGCCACCAGAGAAGAUGGACAGGAAGGAGCUGCCCCCAGAGCAUCAGCCCUUGAAGACCAGUUUUGAGGUGCUUCUACAACGCUGCUCCCAGUCUGCCACCGACUUAAAGACAAAACGGAAGCUGGAUGAGGCAGCGAAACGUCUCGAAAGUUUAUAUGAGAAGAUCUGCGAGGGGACACUCUCGCCUCAUGUCCUGGCUGGGCUUCACGAGGUGGCCCGAUGUGUGGAUGCAGGAAACUUUGAGCAGGGCCUCGCAGUGCACGCCCAGGUGGUGGGCUGCAGCCGCUUCAGUGAGGUCUCCAGCUUCAUGCCUGUCCUGAAGGCUGUCCUCACCAUUGCUCAGAAGCUGCACGUGUAAGCCAGGCGGCCUCUCUUACAGGGAGGUCACUUCUACUGUUACUUAACUCGUCCCUGAGGAACAGGAAUUUCACAAGAGAUUGUUUUUCUCAACCCUCUUUCUAGCUGCCAGGUAUAUGAUGCUGUAGUCUUGGCUCCAAACUAGCAGAGUGCCUGCUUUCUACCCCUGUGUGCCUGGCCUUCUAGGAUCUGCCCAAGGCCUGCCCAGCCUUCGAGGCCGACAUAGAGCCAGUUCUGCACUUUCUCUAAGACUGUACUCCGACAAGACCUGGGGCAGGGUGUAUUUCCUCCCCUUCAAGGAUAUUCUAUUUAAGUGGCUUCUGACAGGGGGAGCAGGAUCAUUACUUCCAAGUCUACCUCUGUUCUACCCAUCUUGUGGGUCUUUCGUUUUUCCCCUUCUGUGGGUAAUGAGCCUGACCUUACCCUCUCCUUGCCUCUGCUUUCAUAUUUCCAGGUCCAUAUUUCUCUGAGCCCCAAAGGCUGGGGUAGAGUUGACUGUUCAUCCUUUGAACAAGUCAUGGACAUGAGGGGUGAGUGCUGAGCAGACCAAGAGAAGGAACUUUGGCCCCUUUCAAAAGGAACUUCUCAUCUGCCAGCAUUAGUAAGGGUGGGCAAGGUUAGGUGGAAGGUGGGAGGGGUGCACUACCUUUGCUGGGAGCCUAUGGCCUCUGACUUGACCAAGGCCCUAGACCUUUCAUUCUGUGCGUAUAAGCCCAGUUUCAGAAUAGGAGCCACAUUAGUGAAAAACUCUUCCAGCACUGCUCAAGGGUUGGAGGCCCUUCUUCCCUUCAGCCCCCACAUGUCUCAGGGCCACGUUCUCUGGCUGCACUUUCAUGGUUGGGUGCUACAUUUGAGGCACUGAUGUAUUUAAUGUGCAAUAAAGCUGCUUUGAUUUGGUUUCUUCAGUUAUCUCGCA